AUGGGUUACGGCUCGUAUGCCACUCUGGGACUCACGACUGCAACAGCUGUGUCUGUUGGGCUCUAUCUCUUGCUCACUGGAAAAGGAGAAACAUUCAAUGUUGGCGCUUUUCUCGAAGAGACGAGUCCCUACGCCUGGGCUUCAGUCGGUAUUGGCCUUUGCUUAGGCCUCAGUGUUUUGGGCGCCGGAUGGGGUAUCUUCCUGACGGGAGCGUCGAUACUGGGAGGUGGUGUACGUGCACCGCGCAUACGGACCAAGAACUUGAUCAGCAUCGUCUUCUGUGAAGUCGUGGCAAUUUACGGAGUUAUUAUGGCUAUCGUCUUUGUGCAAAAAGUCGAGAGCGUUCCAGAGGCCAAGCUGUAUACUCCUUCCAACUACUUUACUGGAUUCGCUCUGUUCUGGGGUGGUUUAACGGUCGGCUUAUGCAACCUAUUCUGCGGCAUUGCUGUUGGGAUGACCGGUUCGACGGCUGCGAUUGCGGAUGCCGCCGACCCGACACUUUUCGUACGCAUUCUCGUUGUUGAAGUGUUUGCGUCCAUCAUGGGUCUGUUUGGUCUCAUCAUUGGUUUGCUGGUGGGCGGAAAAGCGGCAAACAUUGAGUAG